CGCUGGCCCAGCUCACUGCAUACCAUGGUGUUUCUAACGAUCGCGCUGCUGGGCGUGGCACUGGCCCUGCUAUACAGCUUCUACCAGAAUACGUACAACUACUGGGAGCGUCUGGGUGUUCCCUACGAACGGCCCCUGCCUAUAAUUGGCAACAUGAAAGGCAUCGGCUCAAAGCUUCAUUUCCGUGAUAUACAUCAGAGAUUCUACGAUCGAUUCAAGGGCAAAACACCGUUUGCCGGCUUCUACAUGUUCUUCAAGAGAGUCGCUUUCAUAAUGGACCUCGAUCUGAUCAAGCAGCUGUUGAUCAAGGACUUUACCACGUUUCAGGAUCGCGGCGUAUUCAACAAUGUGCGCGAUGAGCCGCUAACCGGACAUCUCUUUACACUCGAGGGCGACGAGUGGCGCUCCAUGAGGCACAAGCUGACGCCCGUCUUCACCUCCGGCAAGAUGAAGCACAUGUUUGGCGUAAUAGUCGAUGUGGGCCGUCGUCUGGCCGACACAAUGGACAAGGAGGUGACCGCUGCAAUCGCCGAUGCAGAGAUCAAGGAGCUCUGCGCUCGCUUCACCACGGAUGUCAUUGGCACCUGCGCCUUUGGGCUCGAGUGCAACAGCUUGGCCGAUCCGUAUGCCGAGUUCCGUGCUAAGGGCCGCAUGCUCUUCGAGAAGCCGCGGCACAUACAGGUGGUGCAGUCCUUCAUAUUCACAAAUCCGAAGCUUUCGAAAAAGAUGCGUUUGAAAGUGCUGCCCGAUGACAUGGCGAACUUCUUCAUGAAUGCCGUGCGAACGACUGUCGAUCAUCGAGUCAAGAAUGGCAUAAAGCGCAACGAUUUCCUCGAUCAACUAAUCGAGCUGCGCGCCGAGAAUGAGGAGGCAGCACGUCAAGGCAAAGGCAUUGAUCUAUCUCAUGGUCUGACCAUUGAGCAAAUGGCCGCUCAGGCUUUCGUCUUCUUCGUGGCAGGGUUCGAGACCUCGUCGAGCACCAUGGCCUUCUGUCUCUACGAAUUGGCCCUGCAGCAGGAUAUACAGACACGCCUGAGAGAGGAGAUCGAAACGGUGCUCCAAGCCCAAUCUAAUGGAGAGCUCACCUACGAGGCCAUUGGGCAGAUGAGCUAUUUGGAACAAGUGCUUGCUGAGACACUGCGUAAGCAUCCCAUUCUGUCCCAUCUGAUGCGACUGGCGAACAAGGAUUAUCCAGUGCCUGGCACAAACCUCGUCAUUGAGCAGGGCACCUCCAUAGUCAUUCCUGUGCAUAGUAUACACAAUGACCCUGAGAUUUAUCCCGAUCCCGAACGCUUUGAUCCCGCGCGAUUCGAACCAGAAGCCAUCCAGGCACGACAUCAAUUUGCUUAUCUGCCCUUUGGCGAUGGACCCCGCAACUGCAUCGGCGAGCGCUUCGGCAAAAUGCAGGCUAAAGUUGGUCUAAUUUCCCUGCUGCGCCGCUUCAAGUUCGGUGUCUCCAAGCAAACUGAGAUACCACUGAUUUUCAACAAGCGUAACUUUACCCUGUCUACCCAAAAUGGCAUCAUCUUGAAGGUAGAGCGUAUUUGCGCAGCUUCAGAGAACAGACUCAGAUCAGUUGAAAGUGAAACGCGCGAUAUGUUGGAUGUGAUUGCUCUGCUCCUGGUCACACUUGCCUUGAGCUUCUGGUUUGUGCGCACCAGGCUCAGCUAUUGGGCGCGACGUCACAUCAGCCAUGUGCGGCCCACUUUUCCCAUGGGCAACCUGGAAGGCUAUCGCAAAACCAAGCACUUUAAAGAUAUUCUGACGCCGCUCUAUGAAAGCUUCAAGUCCACCGGGGCACCAUUUGCCGGUUUCUACUUUAUGCUGCGACCGGUGGUGCUGGUGCUGGAUCUGGAGCUGGCCAAGCAGGUGCUAAUCAGGGACUUUGCCAACUUUGAGGAUCGCGGCAUGUACCACAACGAACGCGAUGACCCACUCACAGGGCAUCUCUUUCGCAUCGAUGGACCCAAGUGGCGACCGCUGCGUCAGAAGAUGUCGUCCACCUUCAGCUCCGGCAAGAUGAAGUUCAUGUUUCCCACUGUCUGCGCCGUGGGCGAGCAGCUGGCUCAGGUCUGCGCCGAGCUGGCAAGCAAUUCCAUAUGCGGCAUUCUCGAGAUCAACGAACUGAUGGCCAGGUACACUUCAGAUGUGAUUGGAAGCUGUGUGUUUGGCCUGGAGUGCAAUGGACUGCGCAAUCCGGAGGCCGAGUUCGCCGUCAUGGGACGACGCGCCUUUACGGAACGGCGUCACAACAAGCUCAUCGACGGAUUCAUCGAAAGCUUUCCAAAGCUGGCACGGCGACUGCGUCUCUGCCAGAUACACCAGGACAUCACCGACUUCUACAUGCGCAUCGUCAGGGACACGGUCAAGGAGCGCGAGUCCAAGGGCAUCGUGCGCAACGACUUCAUGAAUCUGCUGAUCGAAAUGAAGCAACGCGGGGAGCUCACGCUGCCAGAGAUGGCUGCUCAGUCGUUCAUCUUCUUUGCCGCCGGCUUCGAUACCUCCGCCUCGACCUUGGCCUUCGCCUUGUACGAGCUGGCCAAGCAGCCGCAGAUCCAGCUGAAGCUAAGACAAGAAAUCGAGCUGGCACUGGAGGCGCACGGCGGACAAUUCACCUACGAGUGCAUGCAGGAGCUGCGCUACAUGGAACUGGUUAUAGCAGAGACGCUACGCAAGUAUCCCACACUGCCUCACCUCUCGCGCGUCUCGCGCAAAUAUUAUGCGGCCAAGGGCAAUCGACACUUUUACAUAGAGCCCGGCCAGAUGCUCUUCAUACCCGUCUAUGGCAUACAUCACGAUCCAGCCCUAUAUCCCGAGCCGCACAAAUUUAUACCGGAACGCUUUCUGGCCGACCAGAUGGCCCAGCGACCCACCGCCUCCUGGCUGCCCUUCGGCGACGGACCGCGCAACUGCAUCGGCAUGCGUUUCGGCAAGAUGCAGACGAGCAUUGCCCUGUUCUAUCUGCUAAGACGUCUGCUUAGAAGUCUGAAGAUGUCGAUAGUUAUAGCGCUGCUUGGUAUCAUAAUAACGCUGCUUUACUAUGCAGCUCGGCAUAGGUACAACUACUGGAAUCGCCGCGGCAUUCCGCACGAUGUGCCCAAGUUACCGAAAGGCAACCUAAUCGGUUGGCAGAGCAAGCGACAGUUGGGCGUUAUCUUCGGGGACUACUAUCAGAAAUACAAGAACCGAAAUGUGCCCUUUGCGGGCUUCUAUUUCUUCUUCACAAAGACCGUCAUUGUCACCGACAUGGAGCUGGUGAAGCGUGUCUUGAUAAAGGACUUCAAUAACUUCGAGAAUCGCGGCAUCUUCUACAACGAAGUGGACGAUCCGCUGUCGGCGACGCUGUUCAGCAUUGAGGGUCACAAGUGGCGCCAGCUGCGGCACAAGCUAACGCCCACCUUCACCUCGGGCAAGAUGAAGCACAUGCUGCCCCUCGUUUUGAAGGUGGCUGAGGAGAUGGCCAAGAUUUUCAAGGAAAAGGUGUCCGAACCGCAGGUUUUGGAGGUCACCGACCUAGUGGGACGCUACACUGCCGAUGUCAUCGGCAACUGCGCCUUUGGCCUCGACUGCAACAGCCAGCGCAAUCCCGAUGCGGACUUCGUCAACAUGGGCAAACGAGCCGUGACGGAGCGUCGGUAUCGCGGUCUGCUUGACUUCUUCAUCUUUGGCUUUCCCCGGCUGGCGCGUCGCAUGCAUCUGAAGAUAACCAUUCAAGAGGUUGAGGAUUUCUAUAUGCGCAUCGUGCGCGACACCAUCAACUAUCGCCUGAAGACCAAGGAGAAACGCCACGAUUUCAUGGACAUGCUUAUCGAAAUGUAUCAGAAGCAGCAGGAGGGCAACGCCGAAGAGGGUCUGACCUUUGAGGAGCUGGCCGCCCAGGCAUUCAUAUUCUUUGUGGCCGGCUUCGAGACCAGCUCCACAACCAUGGGCUUUGCCCUCUAUGAGCUGGCCCAGCAUCAGGACAUACAGGACAAGCUGAGAGCGGAGAUCAACGAGGUGCUGAGCAAGCACAACAACGAAUACACCUACGAUAAUGUGAAGCAAAUGAGUUAUCUUCAACAGGUUGUCAUGGAAACUCUGCGAAAGUAUCCCGUGCUGCCCCAUCUCACCCGUAGGACCAUCUCUGACUAUUCGCCAGGAGACCCCAAACAUUAUAUUGAAAAGGGCACCGUAGUUGUGAUACCCGCCCUGGGCAUACACUAUGAUGCCGACAUCUAUCCGGAGCCACAAAAGUUCAAGCCCGAACGCUUCACGGAGGAGGAGAUAACCGCGCGACCAGCCUGCAGCUGGCUGCCCUUUGGCGAAGGACCUCGCAAUUGCAUUGGCUCACGCUUUGGCCUUAUGCAAACUGCCGUUGGCUUGGCCCAUCUGAUCAGAGACUUCAAGUUCAGUGUGUCGCCGCAGACCCAAAUACCCAUGAAGUGGGUCUCCAAAAAUAUACUCUUAUCAUCUGAGAACGGCAUUUACCUAAAUGUCGAAAAGGUGUCCAAAUAACAACUGCUAAAUAUUAAAAGCUCUGUUAUAUCUCUAACAGCACUGUUACAGUGUUAACAGAAAUGUUAACACCCAUUAGACACUUGAUCUAUUCCAAUCUAAUCUUCCAGCACGUAACUAGUAUUGAUAAGCCAAGCAGCUAUCGAUUGAUUGAAGCCUCGUACUCUUUCCGUCAUAAUACGCAGUCUGUCGCCUAGAAUGAAGACAUUUAUAUUAACAAAGUUGGUUUUUUCGUUGUACUUAUAAAUUAUUUAUAGUGUAUCAAUAAAAACUGAAAUUGCUUAAGUUAGGUCAAAAGU